AUGCAGAUACAGCAUCUGGGAGAUUUGGAUGGUCCUAUGCUGUCUUUGGAUGCCGUAACAACGGCUACUUCAGAAAGAGAAUCAGAAAGAAUGGUGAAUGAAAGAAGCCAAAGCUCUGAUAGCAAAUCCAAACUUUCUGUGGUGGGAUCCCAAGAGCCAACAAAGAGGAGCAGAAUCCAAGCAGUGUGCUUCAAAGACAGUGGUGACAGCGACGAAGAAUCAGAGUCCUCUGAAGAUGAAUUGAACACUUCACAGGUGGAGGUUUCUGUGCUUCAGAGGCUGGGCCUGCAUAGGGCAUCUCUCACAGAGCAAGAUGUGGAGGCAGCUUUUGCGCACUUAGCCUUGGCUUUACGCUGCGACAUGUUUACCCUGAGACAGCGAGUACAGAUAGAAGAACGAGCCCGGAACACAGCAGAAGAGAAUAUUCAAGAGGAGUUGGCAGAAUGUCAGGCAGUGUUGCAGAAGUUGGAUCAGGCCUGUCUGGACCUCAGGCACAAGGAACUGGUUGAACAUUUACAGAACAGCCUAGCAAUUCUGACAAGAACAAUUGAAAGGGCAACAGGUGCAGCAGAGAAAUUAGGAGCUGUCCAUCAGGAGGCUCGCAUGAGUCGAGCUGCAGAAUUGAUGGUGCAACAUGUGGAGAACUUGAAACGGCAUCACCUGAGGGAGCAUGUAGAGUUGGAGGAUAUGAAGAGACUGAUCCAGCAGAAUUCCCGAAACUGGCAGUUAACCGAAAACAAGGAUGAUGGUGAGCAGAGACUGAAAUAUCCUCUAGCACGAUUUUUUCAGCAGGGCUCAGCUCGGCGUCGAGUCAGCAUUGCAGUUGUACCCAGGCAGCUAACGUUCCAUAGCUCUGAAAACGAGGAAGGCCUUGAGGGAGAAGUGGUGAAGCCAUCAAUAGACAAAGAUGAAAGUCCACAAAGACAGUCCCAUUUUUCCCAAGAAGACCCUGCAGAGAAUCAUUUGAUCCUGCAUCCAAGCCCUUCCAGCUUCUCACAGCAAAGCCUGCAAGGAGCAAAUAGCAGCCAUUGUAACAGAGAAAAAAGCCAUUGUGCAGAAGGAAGAGAUUCGGAACUUAGGAGCAGAAGGCACAUUAGCAAAAGUCUAGAAAAUCUCAAUGAAGGAUUGGGUACUGAAGAGGCAAACAAGGAAUGUGAAGAAUUGGAAGAAAAUGCUCCGCUGGUGAAAAAAUCUAAAUUGGAGAUUUGCAGAGCCUGGUUUUCUAUACCCAUAUACUACUGGGUUUCAUUAUGGAUGUUUGUAUUGGGGAUUGCUUGCCUUGUUCUAAUCUGGAUCCUGGAGCUGCAGAAGCAAUGUUCAUUUGUAGCCUCUGACUGUUAA